AUGGACAUACCCCGCGAGUUCACGGUCAAUGGCGUAGGUAAGCUUAGCAUGAGCCUUCUCCGGCCCGAUGAUGGCACUUUCGCAGCUCCACUACAAGAAAACACGCUCGAGUUCACGGGACUGGCCUUUUCAAUUUACGCUGGUCUCUCGAUCCUGAAAAAGGAACAAGGCAGAAACGCCUUGGCUGCCCUAGCUGAAGCAGUUGUUCACGGGUGGGCCACCAGUGGUGUCCCAUUCGAGGGCGAUAUCUCCCUCAUUCCAAAUUACGUGAAUGAGUUUUUGCAAGCUACCGAGGCGGACUUUCCUCGCGUACUUAUCGACCACAUCGGGGGGGCCGACGUCGUCGCUGAAGCGAGGCGGCUUCCCCCAGGACAUUGGGAUGGCGAUCUUUUCAAUUACUCCCCAAAGAAAGCCGGAGGUAUAUACUUCAACUUAUCAAAAGUCAGGCAGAUGGCCGCCGCGUCUCAACAAGGAGGCAACAAAACCGCAAAGGAAAAGAGGAUGUCAUCUCGUUAUCGCGAUUACCUCUUCACGUUUGCUGUGGCAACCGCUCAUGAGCUGACGCAUCUCUUCAUCGGUUAUCUUUCUCAAGGACGUGACAGCCCCGAGUCCUACACCCCGCCUGGUGUCACCCACAUAAACUACAACGACCUCGGUGAUGGCAGCUUGCCAGUGUCAGGCGAGUCGGGUCGCUGGUUGGAAAAUCGACUCUUUGGGGGAUCAAUCGAGUUCUUCCGAGAUAUGGACGACGAUGACGACCAGGCAAGUAUCUCAUGGAUUAGCUCCGCAUAUUCUAAUUCGUUUAGGCUGGUCUUCCAUUUCUUCUCGACUGUGAAGCUCGGGCUUGGCGAGUUCAUCCCGAUUGCGUGCUUCGCCUCCUUACGAAUACCGAAGGUCUUUCCUAACCCUCAAGGCCAGAAUCCCCAAGUUGCGAAGGUCGAAGAUGCCUUGCAUCCAGCGACAAAGAACAAGCUCGAUCUUGGUAGCCUGAAGCUAACCGAAGGCUUUCCCAGCCGUCCGGGGUAUGGCACUAGAGGCACCCAGGUUGAGCUCACGGCAAAUUACGUCGAGUUACUGCCGCCAUCAAACUUGAGUCUGUAUCGGUACGACAUCCAGAUCAGCCCGGCAGCAGCUGGCAAGAAGCUCUUCCGGGUUGUGCAGCUACUUCUCCAGUCUCCGGAACUGGCAGAGGGCGACGUUGCAACGGAUUUCCGGUCUACCUUUGUUUCCAAAACCAAGUUUCCCCAGGACGAGAUUCUCAUCGAGGUCCUUUAUCGUUCCGAAGGUGAAGAUGAGCCGGGUGCUAGAGCCACCAUAUACACGGUUCGCGUCCUAUAUACGAAGACUUUAAGCAUCGGCGAGUUGAUCAAUUACCUGAACUCCACGAGUCUUGGUCAGUCACUGGGAGAUAAGCAAGAGUUGACGCAGGCCCUCAAUAUCUUUCUGAACCACUACGCCAAAUCCACAAAGAACCUCGUUACAAUUGGAUCGACAAAGAGCUUUUCCCUUAGCAACAAUGCAGCAAGAGCGGACCUUGGCGCUGGCUUGGAGGUUGUUAGGGGCUUUUUUUCGAGCGUGCGCAUCGCAACGUGUCGCAUUCUUGUCAACAUCAAUGUGAGCCAUGCAGCGUUCUACCAGGCUGCUCCCUUACCGGCUCUUAUGAUCAAUUACGGUGUACACAGCACCGCCAUGUUGGAAAGAUUCCUCAAGUUUCUUCGCAUCCAGACCACACAUCUCCCCGAGAAGCGUAAUAAAGCCAAUGAAGUCAUUCCCCGCGUCAAGACUAUCUUUGGCCUUGCUAGGAAGGAUGACGGGCAUGGCAUGGUCCACCCACCGCGCGUUAGACAGCACGGGGCAGGCGCCAAAGAUGUCGAAUUUUGGCUCGAUGGUGAAACUGGCUUCUCUGGUCCCAAGACGGCAGUCAAGGUAGGCGCGAAAGGCAAGGGCAAGGGAAAGAGCCCUCAAGAAAGCUCGGCAGCGUCCAGCUCUGGAGGAUACAUCAGUGUGUUUGACUUCUUCAGAAUAACAUACAAUCGAGUUCUGCAAGACCCCCAACUUCCGUUGGUCAACUGCGGUAAUCGGGACAAGCCGAUGUAUCUCCCAGCAGAGGUCUGCGUUGUCCUCCCGGGUCAACCCUCCAAGUCGAAGCUGGACGGAACCCAAACGCAGCAGAUGAUCCGCCAUGCUGUUCGGAAGCCCUGGGAGAAUGCGGCCUCUAUUGUUAGGGAGGGUGUACAAACUGUUGGCUUAGAUGAAAACGCCAAUGUGCUUCUGCGUUCUUUCGGCUUCAGAAUCACGCCAGGACUCAUCAAAGUUCCUGGUCGCAUCCUUAGCGGCCCAAAGAUUAUCUACAAGGGCAAUAAGACUGCCAGUCCCCGCUUCGGUAGUUGGAAUAUGGUAGAUAUUAAGUUUAACAUCGGCGCGUCACUUGCCAAAUGGUCAUAUUUGAUGAUCUCGCUCCGCGGGGCGCGCGACUCCUUCGACCAGCAAAGCCUCGGGUCCGUCAUGAACGAAUUCCAUACAGCCCUAGGAAAAAUCGGCGUCAACGCAACUCAGCCGCUCUCGGGCCAACGCGUCGAACUUCAACAUCCAGAUGACCCUACGCUGAGCUCUACUUUGCAGCGCGCCGCUAGAGCCUUAGAUCUACUUUUCAUUAUCCUGCCCGGAGCAAAUACACAAUUAUACAAGCGCAUCAAGUCGCUCGCCGACAAGAACUAUGGAAUUCACACCAUUUGCUCGGUGGGCUCCAAACUAGCAAAAGACCGCGGCCGCGACCAGUAUAUGGCCAAUGUCGCUAUGAAGUUCAAUCUCAAGAUUGGUGGCAUCAAUCAGAUCGUGGAGAAUAAGAAUCUCGGCAUGAUCGACCAGAACAAGACCAUGGUGGUCGGCAUCGACGUCACACAUCCUUCGCCUGGCUCGUCUUCAGAUGCGCCUUCUGUCUCGGCGAUGGUGGCGUCCAUUGACAAGUUCCUAGGUCAAUGGCCCGCAACAUUGCGCAUACAGCGAGCGAGGCAGGAGAACGUGGACGAUCUCACAGAGAUGCUGAAGUCUCGUCUUGGCCUCUGGAAGACCAAGGGCAAACACGCUGCUCUCCCAGAGAACAUCCUCAUAUACCGCGAUGGGGUCUCUGAAGGCCAAUAUGACAUGGUCUUCUCAAAAGAGCUUCCUCAACUCCGCCGCGCAUGCGAACAGAUGUACCCAGCAGCUGACACCAAAAGAGGGCUUCCACGCUUCACUGUUAUAGUCUGCGGCAAGCGGCACAAAACGAGAUUCUAUCCCACUACCGAGCAAGACUGCGAUAGGUCUGGUAAUACUAAACCCGGUACUGUCGUCGACCGUGCGGUGACUGAAGCGCGGAACUGGGACUUUUUCCUGCAGGCACACGCCGCACUUCAGGGGACCGCUCGCCCAUGUCACUAUUAUAUUGUGCACGACGAGAUUUUCCGGCAGGUCUAUGCAAAGUCAAUCCCACUUCCGUUCCAGAGUAUCGCUGAUGUCGUUGAGGAUCUUACACACAAUAUGUGCUACAUGUUUGGCCGCGCGACCAAGGCUGUUAGUCUCUGCCCCCCGGCGUACUACGCUGAUCUCGCAUGUGAGCGCGCGCGAUGCUAUUUGGCGAGUCUGUUUGACACGCCGUCGCCGAGUGCAGGACCGUCCAUAGCUGGAACGUCGGCAGCUGGAGCAACCGGGCAGCCGAAUGCUGAUGAUGUACAGAUUCACUUGAAGCUGAAGGAUACAAUGUUCUAUAUCUAG